UAUUAUGAGUAUAUUCUUUAAUGCAGUAUAUAAAUUGCGGGUUCAACUGUUUGGAGGAGGGAAAGGGGAACAAGAAGCUGUUGAUGUGCCUGUGAACCGGAAACGGAAGUUGGCCGACGAUACUUCUGGUUUUAAUAAAAGAGCCAAGCUGGAAAUGGAGAAUAUUGAUGCCGAAGAGGGUGUUACGAUAAUACCUGGGGAGAGUUGGGCAGACAAAACAUGGAGUUUAGUUCGAAAUAUGUUUUCCCCAAGUAGAGAACCCAGGAAAACCAAUGUAAGUGCCCGUGGGGUUUGUGUUUCCCCAUGUAGAGUACCCAGGAAAACCAAGAUUCGUCGGGUUCGGAAAGAGGAUUUAAACAGAGAUAGUCGGUUCAUCAACCAGAUACAUUCUUCAGAUACAAUACAGAAGACAAGUCCCUCCUCCUCGAAUAUUCAAGAGGUUGUUGAUGUUGAAGACAAUUCAUCACAGGGUUCCUCCAAUGAUUCUGGAGAAUCUUCUCGUUCUGUUUCAACCCUUGGAAACUUCGAAUUCUCAAACUCUAACUUUAAACCUGGACCCAGUUCUAUCGUUAAGAGGUUUCAUGUUCUGACGAAACGAGAGAAAGAGCUCCGCGCUGAACGGAAUAAACCUGCAAACCUGACAGCAGCCCUCAAGUCAGGCACUAAGACUAAAAGGAGUACAUACAGUAAGAUAUUUGGUAAACACCGUCCUCGUGCUAGCUCUGGAGUCAAUACUUGUAUAAAUAUGGAGGCAAGGAAGAACUACGAGAAUCUACUGAUGAGGAAUACUUCAGCCUACCUUCCUUCAGUAUUAGGUCGGGAUAGAACGUUUUCAAGUCUGUUUGCUCCUAAUAAAGAACAGCGUAGUACAUUCUUUACCCCGAGUUCAAUAGAUCUAGAAAGGUUAGUUUAUGGCUUAUUUCUUCAAGGCUGGAUCCAUUAUAUUUAGGAUACAAGGCCCCGU